UUCUCUCAAAUGUUCUCGGCUGUGUCUCGUGGUGCUGCGGCUGGAGCAGCAGCUGUCGCAGUGCCAGUCGUUGGCCGAGCUGUCGCAAAUGCCUCCCGUCACAGCUGCACCAUAAACAUUAAAAACUGCAGCAGUGUCUACUCACUUGUCCAUCCCAAAGUCUGGAUGAACAGUGGCUACAAUAGCCAACCUCCCUCACCCACUGUGGACACCAACACCAAGAGCAGUUGUGCCUUCUCCAAGACAGCAGGCACUGCCCGUGGGGCUGUGGGUGUGUUGACUUAUGACUUGUUCAUCAGGGAGAAAAGCCGCUCUGAUAAGCUAAUAGCUAUCAUGUUCUCUGUGCCCUUUGACUACAACUUGUAUGACAACUGGCUGGCGGUGGGCAUUUUUGACCAAGCUCAACCAUGUGACGAAACGCUCUACAAAUUCAUGUACUAUGAUUCUGACUAUAGAUUCAAUCGUGUCAAGGCCACAGACCCUAGUAUCGUGUACACACGGGAGUCAGUGGAAAUCAGAGCUACCAUGAGCAAUGCAAGAACAGCUGAUGUUCAGGUUGAGAUCCAUGACAAGUGCUGCAUCAAUUAAAAAACGCCUUGGUAAGAAAUUGUGUGUAAUUCCAGAUUAUGCAACAUGAUAUCAUCAUUAUUAUAGAGGAAAAAAGCACUGAUAAUUACAAAUGUAUUUUUCAUUCUAUCAGUUUUGAAACAC